AUGGAGGCCGAGUCUGCUCACCCUCAUGACUUUCAUUGCUCUGAUCGCUUUCUUGAUAAUGUGUGUUCCAAUGGUACCGCCGCCGCGGCGGUGGGGCGGCGCUUUGAAUCUUGGGAAACCUCCGGUGUUUUCUUGAAGAUGUCGGCUGCUUCCAUCUACAUACCCAAGGACAAUCCGAAGAAGCCACGGGGAGAAGACGCCCACUUCAUCUCCACGGAGGAGCAGACCAUCGGGGUAGCGGAUGGCGUCGGAGGGUGGGCCAAGUUCGGAAUAGACGGCGGCGAGUACGCCAGGCAGCUCAUGAUGAACUCCGUUCUUGCACUGAAGAAAGAACCCAGAUUCAACGUAAACCCUAAAAGGGUUCUUGAGGAGGCUUUCAACAACACCACCGCACAAGGGUCCUCCACAGCCUGCAUCAUCACACUUUCCGGCGAUAAACUGAGGGCCGUGAACGCCGGCGACAGCGGGUUCCUGGUGAUCAGAAACGGCGAGGUUGUAUUCCGAUCCCCCACGCAGCAGCACAGUUUCAACUGCCCGUAUCAGCUGGGGAACACAAAGGACAAACCCAGCCCGCCGUGGAGAUGGAGUUCCGAGUGGAGGCGGGGGAUGUGA